AUGGACGAAUAUCAAAUGUUCGAGCAACGUGGUGUUCAGGAACUAGUCCGGGUUUCGUUUGAUGAGGAUGGUCUACCCUGCAUCUUCCUCCACAAUAUUGAGUUCGUUUUUCCUAACGUUAAAACCAUUUCUUCCUAUGGCAUGCGUAUUCCCUAUGUCACCGACAUGUUCCAUAUCCCCAAACAACCUCUCCGAAUCCCCUAUUAUGAGAAUAGGGUCCUUGAUAUUGAGUCCGGUAACAGUGAACUGGAGUGGUCAAGAGACGCUACUGCCGCACGUAUAGCUGCUGCAGCUGCAUCUGUGCCAUACGUUAACACCGUGCAUACUAAUCCUAUCCCUGGUAUCUUGGAUUUAAACCUGGACAUUGAUAGUAAGACCGACAAUAGCCACCCUGCCGAGACUGGCAAUCUCGACAUUGAGGACUUUUUUGACAUGGUAGAGUCUGAGGCGUCUGUCAAUGAUGAAGAAGCAGAGCGAGAAGAAGAGGAAGAAGAGAAGCCUCUGUCCAAACGGUUACGUUCACCAUCCCUUAUCACUGAUAGUACACGAGGCCCAUCCCUGGUAUCUGUAUCCGUCACACCUUCCAUUACAACUACUGAGGGCUCUUCUUUGACAAUGAUCUCCCCGAGGACAGUACAGAGCAUAACACUCGAGCCUAUUCCUGAAAAUGGAUUUUACACCCGAGAACUGAUCACAGCACCCAAUCAAACGCCAAGAAAUCCAUCAUUCGUAACCUCUCCACUAGCUACAACACUCGACCCCAUUGCAACAUAUCCACUCUCAGCUCCAAAUGAGAGCCAAAGUGGGCUCUUACCACCUCCAUCAUAUGAACCAGUUGAUACAGGGUUAUUCCAACUUAGAGCAUUGCACGAAGUCCACAGAAUACCAGUUACUGCAAUCGAUGAUCCUGCUGAACGCCACCUCGUUUUCGAUCGCAUCGAGAUCAUUAAACGCAUUAGUCGAACCAUUCUCACUCAAAAAUAUGGCGCCGAAUCAUGCGCACAUCCUCCCCUAUUUGUCCUUUUACCUGAAUAUCCGCUUCAAUGGAUUUCUCAGGAUAUUCUUCACAACAAAAUGCGGCUGUAUUUCCUAUGUGAUUGUUGCGAACACGAAAUAUAUGAUGACGAUAAUACGUACAGAAGGCCAGGGCAGAUGCGUUACAAACGCAAUGUACAUAUAGAUGAAAGCAAAGGUUUUGAAAUACGAAUUGAUCAGUCCCCAGAUCAAAUGCUUAUUAUAAAGUUUGGUCAUUAUAUCCUCAGUUUGCUCCGGAUGCUGCAGUAUGGAGUAUCACUGGAUGAGAUUUUUGUGCCCGCGGCAUUUGAUCGGAUGGUGUCACCAAAUACAGGUACCGCAGCUAUAGCGGCCACAGCAAAGAGAGAAACGAACCCAGAGCUAUUCAUCAAAUUGAAACAGAGUGUUGAAAAGUCGAUCGCUUUCAUGGAGGCAUUGCUAGGUGACGACUACGACGAGGAAGCUGCAGAAGCAAUCCACCGCCUGGACACGAAUGACUUUAGAUUAUUGGACGCAAUUGUCAAACGACCCCCUUACACCCAACCAUGGGAUACUGUAUGUUCAACUCACACAGCAUUGUAUUCAUCCACACCUAAAGGCACUUCAAUGAUGCCUCUCAACCCAGAUAUCGCUGCAUGCGGCACCCAUAUUAAAGGCAGCGGGCUGUACCAGGUCCUUGGUGUCGAUGGCCAAGUGCACUGGGCCUGCAAAAAGUAUUACACUCGACAUCACAAAGAUUUAGACCAGAUUUUCUCCAAGAAGCUCGAACUCUUACAGACGACAUUUGACCCAUACACCCGCUCAUCUGUAUUCGUCGGUAUAAGCGAGAGUCACCUCAAUACCAGGAUGGUUACUGUCUCACAGAUUCGAGCGCUCUUACGCAUCGACAUUACAAUCGAUUGGGACUUUCAUAUGAGCCAAGUCAAGACUCUAGCAGAUCUACUAAGACAGGAAGCGACUACAGUUUCAACAAUUGCGAUUCGGCUCAGUAAACAAGUCUCGCCUCUCACAUGGAGAAAGCACUUGCCUGCCCUAGGAGGGAACGAACAACAACCCAUUAGUGCCAUUGUCGGUUUGAUGAAAAAUCGGAAAAUCAGGCACGUCAUUUUAGAGGGCAAUAUUGACCUCAUGUCUGUACCUAAUAUUAGCACCAUGGAUUUUUCGAACCUUGAUAUUCUCAACAUCAUGAAGAUCGGUAACCGAGGACUUGCUUAUAACGGCAGUAGCAGCAGUAGCAUCCAUAGUAACGAGAACAGCGAUAGCAGUAGUAUCAUCUCAUCCACGAUCAGGAACACUCUGCAUGAAACAUAUAUACCGGAGCUACUCUCGUUUAUGCAGGCAUUCAGCCUUCUGACAGAGCUCUCAUUAGGUUUCAAUGAUGCCAUUCCAGGCCACAUCAGGAUCUUGCAAGCCUGUAUUUCAAGCCAACGCAGACUAAAGCGAUUAGACUUGUUCAGGGUUCUUGGCCCCAAACUUAAUACUGACGCACUCAACGACGGUUAUCAUGGUGAGGCUAGUGUCAAUUGUAAGCUGGAGCUCUCCGCCAACAUCUCGACCUCGAGGGUCGUGCGACUAUUCUUGGCGGAAUGCAAGACUACUACUGAAGGCAAAGUGAGGCUACUAGAGGCUUUGGAAGACUUUUUGACAGACGAGGGAUCUCACCUUGAGGACUUAGAACUUCGAUUUGUUGGGUUUAAUGAUAAGCAUGCACAUGCUUUAGAACUUGGGACUCGGCCUCUCUCUGGGAGUCAUCAGUGCCGUCUGCGGCGCUUAGUCAUCCAUGGCAAUGGCCUUGAAUACGGGGGUGCCCUAGCUUUAAGACGGGUGUUAGGACGAGCAACUCUUCCGAGUAAACUUGACCAAGAGCCUUUUACCGAUAAUAACGUCUUUCCUUCUACUGCAGCACCUUCACCCGCGUCACUUCAUUCGUACCGGCUUGACUCGCUCUCCUUUGGUGUAAUAUUAGAGGAGCCAACUUUAAUUCAUCUUGAACUAUGCUCCAUCGACUCCUUGAAAGACCCAGACUGGGCAAAUCUCUUGAGUGAACUGACCCUACAGCGUGUGAUCACACUGGACCUUCAGGGCGUUGGAUUUGGCGACCGCGCCAUGGCUGUGCUCGCUGCUUCUGUGAGCGCUGAAAAAGCCUUGAGUCCACCUUCUCCGCCUUUGUCGCCAAUGGAUGUAGCGUCUGCCUUCAUGCCUGCGCCAUCUUCUCUAGGAGCAAGCCUUGAGCCUCCACUAGCCGGCUCUUCUUCCAUCCCUCUGCAUCUUCAAGCGCUCCGACUCUCUUGCUCUGCUUUGUCUAGUAGUGGUGUAAUCUACUUAAAAGACUUUUUGUCGCGACUCGAGCACCUGUCGACUCUAAGCCUGCAUGGGUUCCGUAGAGUGCCUUCUGAAGAUUGGAUUGACAUCAUGGAUAGCGUCGGAUUUCAGUGGCUUGAAGUAAUAGAGAUUGUGAGUUUUAGCUUUGAUGAUAACUGUGCUCGAUAUUUGGGAGAAAGGAUCCGAGCCCGGAACAACAUGUCUGAAAACUCUGUAACUGUCGAUCGCUUUGGAGAGGUAUCUGAAUCUACGCCACCUGCCCACAAUACUGCCGGUACGGCUGAAAAUAAUGCUAGUGCAUCGGCUUCGCCGUCAUUCACUUCAGCCUCAGCUUCAACGUCGGGCUCAGGAAAUCGUAGGAAGGAUUCAUUCUCAUCAAGACUGUUUAAUACUCUUACGCCUUCAUCUGGACUUCCUGCGACUACCAUUUCAACCAUAUCUUUUAAACAAAAACCCAAGGAUAAGGAUAUGGGCAAGGAUGCUGUCCUAUCAUUGGAUAGUCCUACGGUUUCUGUAAUUCCGUGUCUCAAUUCCUUUCAAAAAUACCUUGAAAUUGACCUUCGCUAUACAGAUGUUUCGGCCAAAGGACUGUCGAUCCUUCGAAGACAAACAAUAGACCAAGCGAAGAAAGUUGUUGUGCGAGCUCGCGAUGGCGAAAACGAGGAUAUUUAUGUGAAUGAUAUCGAUAAGGAUGAGCAGACUCAGCUACCAGCAAAACCAAGGGAUGGUUCCAAAGCUGAUGGGAGAGGGAAGCACAUGGACGAAGAAAAGACAUCAAUAUCUCCUUUGCCUACAUCAAAGCCUUAUUAUGCAGGUUACAUCGGGAGCGGUGGUGCUCUGGCGGGUGCAUUUAUACAUUCCUCUAGUGGAUCUGGAAUGAGACGCGGAGGAAAGGACAGAGAAACAAGAGGGAACAUAAAUGGCAACAGUAAUGUGAAUUGUUUGCCUCAAAAUCAACAACCAAAAACAUCCACGUUGAUGAAGCUGAAAAAUGUUUUUAAAAAGUAA